AUGAAAGUGGAAUAUUGUGGAGGAUGCGAUGGUGAUGAUCAGGAAUGUUAUGAUCGUAUGAAUGCUGCUGCAGGUGGCUGCACACCUGCAUACAUAAGGCGACUUGAUCGAACGCAACAACAGCCGAACGUGAUCUGUGGAGAGGUGAAAGCAGCAGCAGCAGCAGCAGCAGCACAGCCACCAUUUAUGACUGCAAGCAGCAGUAGUUUGUGCUGUUUUGAAAUGAUGCAUUUGAAGACUGCCGGAAUGGUGGUAGCUUACGUAGAGCUGAUGUUGCUGAUAUCGUUGCUGUCAUCUCUGGCUGCGCAAUGCGUUGUUCGUGGCUAUUCACCCGCACUUCUACUUACCGUAAUCGUUUCUGGCAUACAAGCGUUGUGCUUGUAUUCACUCGUGAUUGGUAUUAAACGUGAACGUCUUGAUUUUUUACUCCUUUCAAUGGCUAGUAUUGGAAUACGUUUACUAUUAGCCGGUGUUUAUUUAAUUGCAGUGGUUAUUGCGAAUUAUGUACAGCCGAUCAGGAAUGGUAUGAUUAAUGGUGAUAGCGAGUAUGCUGACGACGAUCACGAUGGAUCAUCGUCUCUAUUGAUCAGUGAUCUACACAACAAGAAUAUUGUGAUAUUGUGCUCAACAGUGGCGGUUGUAUUUGUGGUUGUUUAUGGAUAUUGCGAGUGGCUUAUUUGGAGACUGUACUCGUAUUUGGGUGCGAUUGAUGAGUGCAUUCUGGUUGGGAGUGCUUCGAGUUGCAUUAUGGAGCAAUCGAAGAGUGCUACAGCGAACGGUUUAGUGGGCAAGAAGCGUUCAGCAGCAACAGGAGGAGGACAUGUGACUAGUUGUCGUUGGUUGUGCUGGCAUUGGUUUAGUGGACGUUCGUCGUCGGUAAGUGCUGAUAAUAAUGCUUGUUUGAUGCAAACAACGCAACUUAAGUUGUUUCAGUGGAGACGAGAGUGCUGCGAUCAUGACGGGCAUUUGGCUAAUGCAAGGGAUAGUUGUAGUAGUACGUUUUCGUUGUGGGCGAUCGACAAAAAUAAUGCUUAUCGUAAUUGUAAUAGUAAUAAUAAUGAUAUUCAAUAUAAAACAACCACUAUUACGCUUGCUGAUGAAGAGCAAAAACGAGCAGCAGCAGCAGUAGAGCAAAGAGAAUUCAUCAGAAGAGCAGUGCUGAAUAAAGAAGCAGAUGGAGAUGGUCAAAUGGCAGCAAUGACCACGUCUACGAUGAUAACGACAGCGAGUCCGGCUCCGGCUCCGGCUCCGGAGUCGGUGCAGUCGUCUCCGGAGCCAAAAUUGGAACGAUCGCUAACGAUUAAAAUGGCUUCGGCUUAG